AUGCUUCAGCAGCGUGUUGAAGAGCUGCGUAAUGAAACUGCUCAGUUAUCGGAAAUCAUUGAAGAAAUGCGCGAUAGUGGAAGUGCUGUUGGCGGUGAUGCAUCAGCUGCUCAUUCACAGAGUGCUGGAAAUGUUCGCGAAAAUGGGAACGGUGAGAAUGGUUGGUCGGAUUUCGAUGAGUUUGAUGUGGAUAGUCAUCCGACUGCUGUGGAGAGGCCAAAAAAAGGGCGCUCACCAUGUGCUCCGCGGUCAUCGCCUGCUGAUAUCUUGGAAGUUGCAAGGCUGAGAGCACAAAUGAAAAAUCUGGAGGCUGAUUUAGAACAAGCAAAGUAUGGUUUCAGUUUUCUACAUAUUGAGAUUAGGGAAAAAUUGACUUCUGGUGUGCCUUAA